AACCAACAAUGGAUAGUCGAUUUUUAUUGUAAGCAACUUCUUGCUUCACAAUAGUUCCAAAGCUGAAAUAAUCUUCUCUAAGUAUCAAAUGUGUGCAACAUCUGCAAUACAUAUAUAUUUAGAGGACAAACAGUAGAGUGGUUGCAACAAUUCACAAAAUCUGUCCAACUACCACUGAAAUAUGUUUUGAUAUUAUGUUUCUUUAUAAUAAGAGGUAUAACUUAUUGACGUUUAUUUUAAUUUAAAAAAAGAAAUAAGACCAAUUGUCACCGAACGCCGCUAUGUGAUGCGCACUUUAUCGUUGUUAAAAGUUGUCAACAUUUGACACAUGUUGUUGAUAAAGUACUGCUAAUUUCAAAAACUUCACGAAAAUUAUAUUAAAGCAUUCAAAUGUGUUAUACUAUCAAAUGUGUUCGUACAUGAACUUCCACUCAAGUUGAUAGUAAAAAUCGCCUUGUCAACAUUCUCAUUUAUUCACAAUUUAAACGGUCCUACAUAAUGCAAGUCAUUUGAUCAAUUCAUUUUAAAGUGUUUUGCUAUCAUGUGUUCAUUUCACAUUGUAUCUCAAUUAUUAGACAUUUAACUAAAAAACCUGAAUACUUUAAACUAUUCAUUAGAUAUAUUGUUUGUCAGGGACGUACACAUUUGCCCAUUAAUCCAGGAAAUGGCGAAACAAAUUCAUCACAAAAGGACACAAGAAGAAACGAUCAGAGAUGAUUCACAGAAGUACAUGACGUUAAGGAGGAAAACGACAUUAAGGAAAGUUUUAUUUAAGCAGAUUCCUGACACCAUUAACCGAACAGAACUUCUGCGACACAAAUUGCCAGAGGAAUGGAAGAUAUCUGCACCAGAGGCCAUAAUAUCAAUAACAGGAAUAGAUCAUCAGUUCAAUUUAAAAGACAAACACAAUUUGAAAAGACAUUUGAUUGAUGCAGUUUUGAGUACUGGAUCCUGGAUUGUAACUUGUGGAACGGAGUCGGAAGUGGUGGAAUUUAUUAAGGAUGCUGUUAAUGAACAAAUAGCACUGAAAGAUUUCUACAUUCCAAUAGUUGGACUUUUAUCGCAGAAUGUUUUAGAUGAAAUAAAACAUAAAAAAACAAUUUCAGGCUCAAAGAAGAGUACUAUGAAGAAUACAGAAAAAGAUAAAUAUUCUCACUUAAAAAAAAAGAAAAAAACAUUAGAUCCAAAUCAUACACAGUUCAUUUUUAUCGACGGAAAACAUACCAGUGCCAGAACAAGGACCAGGACCCGUAAUUCUACAUUAGAAUGCAGAGAAGCUUUUAACAAUUUCUUAUCGUGUAUAUGCGAUGAAAACGCAGACGGAAAAACAGAAGCCAAAAUAACCUGUGACAAGCUGCCAAUAGUCUUAGUACUAAUUGAAGGAGGAGUUGAUGCAAUGAGAACAGCUUCAACUGUAAUGAAAGGCAAAAAUCCCAUUAUUGCAAUUGAGGGUUCAGGAGGAGCAGCGAAUUUCCUUGCUUCUUGCUAUUGGCAAAAACAUAGGGGGAGCAACGACGAGACGAAUAAAUUAAAAGAAACAGACGAAAUUAUUGAAGAAUUGAAAAAGGAAUGCUUUAAUGAUAACCAGACGGAGUUAGAAGAUGAAGCAAACAAACUGUCAAAGCUCUAUCUUGAGAAUACAAAUUUGGUUUACGUAUAUUCACUGGAAGACAAAACAGCAAAAGUUGAUGAAUAUAUUCAGAAUGCUAUAUUCAAGAUUUACAAAGAUUGCUAUGAAAACAUGAUAAAGGAAGUGGAAGAUGAAAACAACAUGAGCAAUGGAAACAUGAUAAACGGUGUGAAAGAUAAAAACAAUGAAAGCAUUGAAUCACAAAUACUGAAAAAUUCAAUAAAAAAGCAACUGAAACUUGUUGAGAAAUGGAAACGGUAUGACAUUGCUGACAAAGAAAUCUUCAUUGCAAGAAAUCGACACGAACUUUCGCAAUUACAGAAACAAAUUGAACAGCUGUUCUUGUCGUCACUUAAAGCCAACCGAACGGACAUUGUCAAGUUGAUAAUUGACAGAAUAGAGAAUAUGGGAUCAUUUGUACUCCAAAAAAUAUUCAAAGUAUACAAAGAGUGCAUACAAGACCAAGAAGAGCUAGCAAUUAAUCUUAUUGUACAGGAAUGGAGUGACACACAUAAAAACACAGAUGUCAAUGAAGAAUACAAAAUACUUUUUGAAAUAGAACUUUUCGUCAGGGAUGUGAUAGGAGAUACCAACUGCAGAAUGUUUGAUCUUACUGAAACAAAAGCCAAACCAGACACAGAUGGAAAAAAGAAAGGGACACCAGAAAAUACAUUAUAUAUAUAUUAUAUCGAAAAACCGUUCUAUCACCUUUUUGUAUGGGCGGUUCUGAUGAACUGGAAAGACAUGGCUAUGAUUUUCUUAGAAAAAGACACCGACUAUACAUGUUCUGCUUUAUUUGCCAGUGCAGUGCUGAAUAAAUUGGCUGAUGUUGCAUACGUUUCUAAUAACAUGGAGCUUAGAACGUCAUUACUCGAAAAUGCUAAAUACUUUGAAAUACUAGCUUGUAGUGUCAUGACAGAAUUGUAUAAAACUGAUCGAACAAAGGCUCUUAAAACACUGGUUACCACAGUGGAUCGAUAUAGUUGUACACCAAUAGCGAUGGCUUGGUCACAAAAGUUGAGAACAUUCAUGGCCAUAACAGCCUGCCAAGCAAAGCUCAACAGCAUCUGGAGAGGAGAUAUUGCACUCCACACACAAUCAUGGAGGAUUGGAAUGACAGUAUUUCUUCCUUUGUUGUUGAUUCCAAAUCUAGGAUUCAUUUCUUUUAAAAACAACCCUAGACAAAUUCUACCUUCUGCAGACAAUUCCGAGACAACUGAUGGUCAGUCAGCCGAAGAAAAGAAAGCCGAAAAACGAAUUUCGAAUAAAUUUUUCCAGUUUUACACUGCGCCCAUAGUCAAAUUCUUCUUUUACAUGAUUACAUACCUCACAUUUUUGGUAAUAUUUUCACUAUUUGUGUUGACGGAUUUGUACCCUCUAUCAGAACGUUCACCAUCAAUUUUUGAAUAUGUUACCUGGAUUUGGGCUGCGUCACUCGCAGUUGAGGAACUAAGACAAAUGUUACAGACCGACAAGGGUUCAUUUUCAAAAAACAUUAAGUUUUGGGCUAAAGAUGUAUGGAAUAUAUUUGACCUUUUAAUGUACCUCCUAUUUUUUGUGUCUGUUAUUCUACGAGUAGUGCUGAGUUCGGAGGACUUUUACUUUGCAAGAAUGACGUAUGUAGUCACAUUAGCAAUGUUCAUUUUAAGGAGCAUGCAUUUCUUUUUCGUCACAAAAGAAAUUGGACCGAAAGUUGUUAUGAUUGGGAAAAUGCUUGAAGACCUUGCAUUUUUCAUCUCACUGUUUGCUCUGUUCGUAUUUAGUUUUGGAAUUAUGUAUCAAGCCAUUUUGUUUCCAAAUUCGGUGUUAUCAUCUUGGGAGUUAUUUAAAGAACUUAUAUAUUUACCAUAUUGGCAGUUGUAUGGUGAAUUAUUUUUAGAUCGCAUUGAAGGAACAGAACCAUCGGAAUGUACACAUAAUCCAUUGUUAUACACGAAUGGUACAAUGUUGCGAUGCGCACAGACCAACCAAUUUAAUUCACCAAUGUUGGCAGUAUAUCUUGUUUUGGCAAAUAUACUUUUAGUCAAUAUUCUUAUUGCUAUGUUUUCGUAUACAUUCCAAAAAGUACAAGACAAUUCCGAAAUUAUUUGGAGGUUCCACAGAUAUUCAUUGGUGUAUGAAUACUAUGACAUGCCAAUGUUUCCAAUACCAAUAGUAAUACACUUAUGUCGAAUCAUUGUAUUUUGUUAUUACAAAAUACGGAAACUUCAGUAUAAGAGCGACUUUGCAUUAAGACUUGAACCCGAUGACGUUGAGAAACUGAAUAGAGUUGAAAGCAUUGCUUUGGAACGAUAUCUAAAUGCACCGACAUAUGCUCGAAGCAGAUAUGAAACAAGGAACAUGGUGUUGGAUGAAAGAGAAAUACCCGGAGAAAAAGAUGCAAUCAACACCUACCAUGACAUUGAUGAUUUACACGAGGAAAUGAACAAAAUGCAUCAAUCUUUGAAAAAAGAGAUACGACAGCUUGCACUACGACAACCUGUUGUAGUUGUAGACUUUCCGGGCAACUAUACAACUGAAAAACAUACCCUAUUACAGGAAUAUAAUUAACAAAACAUAGUAGAAGCCACUGUCUAUACACAAUUUUCACAUAGAACAUAAUAUUUGGGGUUGGGUUAUUUAAAAGUUGUUAUAGGUUGCAAUUAUAUAAAUGUAGAUAAUGUCAUUUCCCAUAAGAUCUUCUUUUACGGCUAAAAUGUACUACUUUUAUUACGAAGUUUCGUAAACCAAAUUCCUAGACGGAAAAGCUCAUAUGCAUUUCUAUUUUUUUUUAAAGUGCGGAAUAUUUUCUACAUUUAUUAUAUGCCCCCGUACGUCUUAGAGUUGAAACUUAUACUAAAAUUCUGCACUACCUUUACUUUUGGGUCAUCCACAUAUCUCAAUUUAUGAUAAUCUAUACUAGUAACAUUAUCAAGUCAUGUCUUUACGAGAUAUAAUAUAGAGAUCAUAUCUGGGAACAAGUAGAAAAAACAAAUAUCUAUGAAUAUCACAUAUCUUUCAAGAGGCGUGGCUUGUGAAACCUAUACUUACAUUUAUCUAAAUAGAAAACUCUUGCAAAAUAUCCUUUUUUUUUCUCUUUUUAUAUACCUUACAUAAUGUGGCUAAUAUAUGACUAAAAGUUUUUAAACAAAACCAUAUUUGCAAAACGUGUAUAUCAUGCAUAUAUGAAUGAACCAGUCUGAUAUACGAAUUCUCUAAAAGUUUAAUUUAUAGAGCUGAGUGAUGGAAUCUGUUUUUUCAUACAUUCAAAGCACAGUUAUUGUUUACUGUGAGUUUAUACUGAGUCAACAUAGCCAAAGCCCAGGUUUUUAUCAAUCUUCAUGCAAUAUUUAUAAAACUUUAUAUAUAGUCCAUAUAUCAGCCAUUUAUCUAUAUAUUUGAGUUAAUUUCUUUGACUCUGAAAAUGAACCAGAGUUGAUAAAGUUCUACAGUUUCUCUUUUUAUUUAUUUAUAUAGGUUGCAAUUUUGCAAAUAUAAACAAUGCAAUUUCCCAUAGUAACUCCUUUUAUGGCUAAAAAAGUACAAUUGUUAAUAAGAAGUUUCAUAAAAAAAUAUGCGCUUCUAUUCGAAGGUCAAAAAGAAAGGCAAAUUUUUAAUAUUUUAUGGUCCGAACUUCUUAGAGUUUAAAAUCAUACUAAAAUCCUGUAAAACCCUUACUUCACUCUUGGUCUUCCACAGAUUUCCAUUCGACCGCUAUUCGUGUGAAUGUAUAUUGAUAACAUUCCCAAGAUAUGUCUCUACAUUUUUGUCUACGAGAUAAAAGAAAGAAGAUUGUAUCUUGGAACCAGUAGGUAAACAAAGCAAAAUGUAAUGAUUAUUAAAAAGCCGUGGUUUUUGACACAGCUGCAUUUAUGUGUCAUUUGUGGAGAGUUGUCAUAUUAGCAAUCAUACCCCAUUUUCUUUUUUUUUAUUCUAAUUUCUAUAUAAGAAAAAUAUAUGUUGUUAGAUGAUGAAACACACAUGUAUUCAUCAAUUCCGAAUUAAAUAUAUGAAUGUACAGAUUAUAUCAAUAAACAUGUAGUGUAUUUUAUUUCAAUUAAUAUAACUUAUAACCAUGUUUAAUUCAUUUUGGUUGGCAAAUGAUUAGAGUGUUUUUUUUUAAAUGUUUUUAUAGCUAUCGCAUGUGCUUAUAGAAUUUCAUAUGUACUUGAUAUAAAAAGAAGAUGUGGCAUGAAUGCCAAUGAGACUCUCCACAAGAGACCAAAUGACACAGAAAUUGAGCCUUCUUUGUUUUAAUACAUUAACAACAUUUUAGUAAAAUUCAAAAAGGAAUGUAUUGUUGAAUUUCUUCCAGUAAUAUAAUAUUUGAAUGGCUAUAAGGUGAUGGUGAUUGAAGAACAGUAAACUACUAUCAAUCUUUCUAUUUAAUGCACUAAAUAACUUAACAAUAUAUUGUUGGUUUUGAUUUCAGUCGUUCAGUUUACCUCGAAUGAUUAUUGUAGUAUCUGUUUAGAAUUAUCAACCAAAGAGCAACCAUGUUCGUAUCAUUUGACUUUUAAGGCAAACAAGAAAAUCCAAAAAAAUGUCUUCUAGUUGAAAAACGUACAAACAUAUGUUAAAAAGGCUAUCUUAAUUACCUACGAGGAAUUUUAAGUACAACCAUAACAUUUUCAAUCAUAUUUUGAUAAAGCCAAGAUGAAGCAACACAAACUUAAGAAAGAUUUCGGCACAAAUUUUAUGCAUAACUUCGAAUAAAUUAUUCAAAAUUUCAAUAUAAACUUCUUUGUCUUUGCAUUGUCUUAUGAGUUCUUUCAAUAUACUGAUUUAUACCAGAUAACAUAUGGAUAAGACUGCAUAUUAGACUGUUUUUACAUAACAGUCCUCAAAUAAUGUCUAAUACUAUCGUAUUCUUUUAUACCUUCUAAACUGUUAUAUUUCUUUCCUUCUACUAUUUAUUGCCUUUGUAAACAUAUCUGUUGCCGUGAACAAUAAGGACUAACUAAAUGUAUAUUGGCAUUUUAAUUGAAGAAGAGAGGCGAAAGACACCUGUGGAACAAUAAUUCUGUUAUCACAACCCAACAACACAAUGGCUAAUUAAAGAAAAAGAUCAAUAGACAAACAACAGUAAACGCACAAUUUAAACAAACAUAUAAAAUUAAAGACUGAGCCACACAAACCCCACAAAAUCUGGGGCUGAUCUCUGGAAGAUCCUGAUCCACAUGUGACAACUGUUGUGUUGCUUAUGGUAGUACAUACACUUAAAUAAGUCUUAGUUGGUAGGUUAACCCGGGAUAUGUUUUAAUAAAUUUUAGUCUCUGACGCAAGAUAUUUUAUAAUUAAAUGUGUUUGGCUUUUAACUAGCUUCAGUAACUGCAGGUACUCUCAAUUCGUAAUAUCACGUUAAUUUGAACUGUUGAUACAAUUUGUAAUGCAUUUUUGUUUAUUCAAUUAUUAUUUAUUUGUGUUAUAUCUCGUCUCACUUUUUUUUAAUAUAUACCACCAUUGAUAAGUAUUUAGUAUGACAAUAAGUUUUCACUUCUGUUCUCAUACUAUGAACAAACACAUAAUUUUUUUGUAAAAGAUAUUUCCAUACUCCAUGUACACAAUACAACAUAGUUAUUAUACUUAUCUGUGUAUGCUCUUUUACCAAACGGCAUUUUGUCCAAGGAUAUAUUUGUCUUUCUGAUAUUGUUUUACAUCUUCCCCUUUUUUAUUUAUAUUGUAUUAACAUUGUGUCAUAGAUCAAAUAAAGGCAACAGUAGUA